UUCGAAUUGGAGGCAGUAUAUAAGGUGGGAAUGAAACCUGACGCCACUUUUCCAUGCAAUCUUCUUCUUCUUCCUCAAACCCAACUUUCUGAACAUCUCAAAUUCUCCUCCUUCUCUCUAAAACCUCCCUACCUUCUCUCUAAAAUUCUAACCCAUUUACUGUUCCGAUCACCCUUCAGAUCACGUUUGAAGACUCCUGGUGGUUUCCUCUCUCACUUGGACCGUCCGGUUUCUAGUUUGAAACUGAAUUUGGAAAGCCUUAGAAGGGAUAGUUCCUACCAACCUACUUUCAAAGAUUUAGCUGGAAUUAGAGAGGAUAGCUUGGAAGAUGUUCUGGAGGCUACUCUAGAGGACGCUGUGCAGGCCGAGCAACCCGUGGAGGCCGUGCCUGAAAGUUAUGCCGGACCGACCGGUCCUUAGUGUAGUUGUUUCCAUUG